AUGAAUGGCCAGGGGCAGAGUCCGGAGAGGAGCCACAGGAGAGGAAGUCCGCGUGAGCUGAUCUAUUUGAGACCUUGGCCCCAUAAGAAGAAGACAAUGUCAUCAACCGAGGAGCCCUCUGGCACAGUGCUGCACAGACUCAUUCAGGAGCAGCUCCGAUACGGAAACCCCACAGACACACGCACCUUACUGGCCAUCCAGCAGCAGGCCCUGCGCGGAGGCAGCAGCAGCGCACCAAGCAGUGGAGGCGACAUGGGCCGAAGCCCCCGUUCUUCUCUGGAGAGUCUCACUCAAGAGGAGCCCUUGUCCCCUCAGCUAUCAGCCCGUCAGGAGCCCCAGGGCCAGGAGCAUCAGGGGGACUACCAGCAUUCAGAAAGCACCUUCCAGCUCUAUCAGAUCCACGGUGAACAGCUGCCCACAUAUGACCAGGCCAAGGUGCACUCUCAGUACUUGGCCUCUCACUGGGAGUCCACAGAGCCUGUACCACAGCUCCACGAGGGGGUCUUCCACGCAGAGGCAGACCUCAUGGACCUCAAAUGCAGCCACGCUCGGUCUCUGAGCGAACAACACAUGCAAAUGUCUCUGGAGAGGAUUGACAUGGUCAAAGCAGAAGCACUCAAAAGCACUUCUCACAGUUACCCAGAGCUGCCUUACUAUAGCCCUCCAUGUCACGACAAACGCUGCCCACCUCCAGAGUACACAACCCCCAUUCAGGGCCAAGGAUUUAUUCCACAGCAAUUCCAAGAAGCAGUGCAAAGGUUUGAGCAGCCAGGUGAAGUGCCCUGCUACACCACAUUAAACAGUUUGCCACCUGCGGGUUUGGAGGAGCCUAACCAAGUGGAACUGUUGGUGAUGGAGAAUGAGAGGCUGAGGCAGGAGUUGGAAGUCCAUCGAGAGAAAGGAGGCCGUAUUCAAAAGUUGGAGCAGGAGAUCCAGCGCAUUUCUGAGGCUUAUGAAACCCUAAUGAAGGGUAGCACAAAGAGGGAAACUCUAGAGCAGACUUUAAGGAGAAGGCUGGUGUCUGAGGUCCGACGACUACAAGAUUUUAACAGAGACCUUAGAGAAAACUUGGAAAAUGCUCGAUCACACGUAGCAAAAGAAGCACAAGCCGCAGACCACAACCAGCACAUCAUGGCUAAACUCCUUGAACAAAAUGAGGAGCAGAACAGUGAACACGAGCGAAUUGAACGUGAGCUACAGCGUCUAAGGGUCACGGCAGAGGACCAGACGCAAAAGGCAAAGAGAUUGGAAGAAGCCUUGGAGACUGCAGUGGGCCGCGGGCGGCAGCUGGAAGAGGAGCUCCGGCGGAAACGAGCAUAUGUAGAGAAAGUAGAAAGACUGCAGAGCGCUCUAGCACAGCUGCAGUCCACCUGUGAGAAACGCGAGAGUCUGGAGAUGAAGCUGAGGACGCGACUAGAACAAGAGCUGCGCACCUUGAGGGCACAACAGAGGCAAAACCAGCCCCCAGGAACAACUAUGAGUUCUCUUCAAGAACGACUUCAGGAAAAGGAGGAGCGGAUUUUAGCCCUGGAGGCUGACAUGGUGCGCUGGGAGCAGAAGUACUUAGAGGAGAGCACUAUGCGGCAGUUUGCUAUGGAAGUGGCUGCCACUGCUGCUGCUCAGAGAGACACGACCAUCAUUAAUCACUCGCCCUGUCACUCUUCUAACAAUAGUUUCAACGAGGAUCUCCUGCCCUCCGACUUCAGGAAUCAAGAAAUGGAAAACAGGAUUCGGGCUCUUUAUGCUCAAAUUUUGGAAAAGGAUGCUGUAAUAAAAAUCCUGAACCAGCGGCUACACCAGGACCAUGGAAGAACAGAAGACAAUUCUGCAAAGCUCAUUGGUAAUGCGGGGGCACCUCUGCGACCGGCCUCCUCCACUCCUGUGAUCAGCACUGGCAGCAGCAGCAGCACUAAGAGCAGAGCAAAGAGUCUUUCAGAUGAUCAGACUUUGCCGAAUCGACAGUUUUCCGCACAAUCUGAACCGGGAACUCUGGAGCGACAUGUGAUGGGAACUAAAGCCAAACUGGCUUCAAGUCUGACUAAGCUAAACACUGAGAAGGCUGUGCCUAAAAAGUUGCUACUAAACCCAUUCAAAGGCUUGGAUGAAUUGGAGACUGAGGCCGUGGAAAUCUUUAUUUAA